AUGCAGGUGGGGGGAGAGGGAGGUGCGCGCGUUGCAAAGACGUUCGUUGCUCCCGCGCAGGGCAUUGACUCUUUCACCGCGGCUUUCGCGAUAACAUACUUUGUUGAUUUAGAUAGAGAUGCACACACGCCCUUACCCCAUGUACAAGAGGGACGAACGAUAAUGUUAAUUAGCAAAUCAGUUGUUUGGAUUUUGUAUCAAAAAUGA